AUGUCGUCUCCCGAUGCAUCGUGUCAUUUGCUGCGUCUUGCUCCGGAGCUCGUGGCGCUGAUAACAUCAUGCCUACCGAAUAGCGCAAUCAAAAACCUCCGCCUCAGCUGUCGGGCCCUCAGCGGCAGUGCAGCUCUCCGCCUCCACAGGGUCUUCCUGUCCCCCAACCCGCGUAAUGUGGAAGUCUUCCGUGCCGUCGCGGACCAUGAAGUCUUCCGCCGAAGAAUCGUUGAGAUCAUCUGGGAUGACGCGCUGCUGUUGGACCGCGGGCCUGGGCACAUACCAGGGCCAACUGAUGGGCCCAUAAGCCCCGAGUGGUAUGACAGGGCCUGUGGAAUAAAUCUUCUUGAACUUGACAAGGUCAAGAAAUCAAACCAUCCGGACUAUGCCGUGGCAAAGUUGCAGAUGGCUGCGCAGCUUCCAUUCAAUGUUUCAUGGGAACACUAUCAAGAGCUCCUCGGCCAGCAGGAAGAAGUGAUAGCGUCCAAGUCUGAUAUUGAGGCUUUGCGCUACGGGCUACAGCAAUUUCCGGCUCUAAAGAGGAUCACAAUCACCCCGGCGGCACACGGAUUGCUUUUCAUCCCACUGUACGAAACCCCCAUGAUUCGCGCCUUGCCGCAUGGUUUCAAUUACCCCAUACCUCGAGGUUGGCCGACCCCAGAGCGUGGUGAUGCACCGUAUUACGUGCAGAGUUGGGACAGGGACAAGAGCAAAUGGAGGGGCUUCAAUAUUGUAACAAGGGAACUGGCAUCUGCCCCGCAUGGCCACAGCAUCACGGAGCUGGUUCUCGAUGUACAUUAUUUGAACACCGGACUCAAUUGCCAUGUCUUUGAUGGGCAAAAUGAUGAGUAUGACAACCUGGUCAAGAUCCUGCGACAGCCUGGCUUUAGCCGCCUCGAUCUCGCUCUUCUUUCAGAUGGUCAACAGUAUCAGGGUUGGUCCUCGUUUCGCAACGGUAACCUGAGGAGCGCACUCAGCGAAGCAACAGACUUGCAGCAUAUCAACUUUGAAAGCCAAACCAAUCAGUUGCAAUUUUGGGAGCCGGAGAAAUUUGACCGGCAUUUUCUGCCCUUGGACACACUCCUGCCAGUGGAAAGGUGGCACAAACUUCGGCACUUUGGACUGUCGAAUUUCCUCGUGAGGCAGGAUGAUUUGCUUGCCUUGUUGGCUGCGCUGCCCAAGUCAGUACGAUCAGUUGAGCUAGGCUUCCUGCUCUUCCUCGACGAGAGAUCCCAUAAAGAUUUGUUGGAUGCAAUGCGGCAAACUCUGGGUUGGCGCGAUCGCCCUGUGAAUGAACGGCCCACAGUUACUAUACUUUGUCCGCAACACAAGACUAAAAUACCGUGGAGGUACAUGUGGAUACGUGACGCCGUCAAUGAUUUUCUCUACGACAACGCAACUAAUCCCUUUAGCGACAUGGAUCUGGAUGGCAUCUGGCCGGAUGUAAACAGAGGAGCAAUCUUGCGCUGGCCGUUUCUUCCUGCUCUGGACGAACCUUACUAA